AUGCGCAACAGAUCGGAUUGCCGUGUAGUAGAUGCGUCGCUACGAGAGGAGACGAAGCCUUGGAGUCGUGUGUGCGGGUACUUCGACGGCCUAGGACGAGAAGGUAAGAAAGAAGAAGAAGAAGAAGAUGAUGAUGAUGAUGAGAAGAAAGGAAAGCAAAAACCAGACACUGGGGAUUUGUUAUAUAUGCACUUCGUCUUUCCUGUUUGGGGGGGGGUUCCGAAGAUUGAAUCCUGGACGCCGCCUCUGUACUUGGGCCAGACGUCCUCUUCCGAAGAUGACGCCCGCACGCCGGAGACGUGCAUGAUUGCGCAGGAAUGCGAGCAAAUCGCAAAGGGAUCCAGCUUGCCUUCUCUCGAGAUCAUGCUGGAGCCGUCUCAGACGGGGCCGGAUCUGGUUCAGUAUCAUAGCGAGAUGCAUUACAUGACCAUCAUCAGCGAGCUUGUCGAUGCGAAGACGUCGAGCAGAGUGACGCGCAUCGUUGUGGAUGAUAGGAAGCCCGUGGCUACCAAGUCGACGCAGAUGAAGACGACGCAGGUCCGGGUCGUUAUUCAAGGGCUUGAUCCGCUGGAUGAAGAGUAUUUGAACAACAAGUCGGCGUUUAGCUUACCGUCCAAACACAACUGCGAAGCCAUGUUGCAGGCAUACUUUUCCCUCGGCCACCCUCACGUCCCCAUCCUCGACCCCGUCGAAUUCGUCAAGUCGUACUUGUCCGGCUCAUUCUCCCUCUUCCUCAUGCAAGCCAUCCUCGCCAACGCGGCGCUCUACGCGCCCAUGCCGCUGCUCGAGGCGUGCGGCUUCACUGCGAGAUGCGAGGCCAUCGAGACGUACUUUUCGAGGGCCAGCUUGCUGUACCAGUUUGGCUGCGAGAGGAACCAGCUGCGGUCGUUGCAAGGAUCGAUUGUCUUGGGGAUGACGGCCGUGACGGGGUCGUUUGACCGGGAUUUCAGGUACUGGAUUCACAAUGCGGUGAGAUUGGCUGUCAAGAUGGGGUUGCAUAAGAGUUUUGAACACAAAGAGACGGAAUCACCAACAUGUAAACUGUACCAACGAAUCUGGUGGGCUCUCUACAUCCGCGACAUCACGCUACUCCUCGGCGGCGCCCAAAACAUGCGCAUGAUCCACGCAGAAGACAACGAAGUCCUCACCAUCCCGACCCCCGAAUCCCUCGGCGACGACAUCCCAGCAUCUUACGCCCACAUCAUCCCUCCUCUCACACAGCAGCAACGCGAGUACUUCAUCGAAUACUGCCCAACAAAAUGCCUCUCCAUCUUGAAAUCCCACCCCCGCGAAACCCUCGACCUCAUCCAAUCCGAACUCCACCUCUGGCGCUCCUCCCUCCCCGAAUCCCUCCAGCCCAUCCACCGCCCGUCCCACGUCCGCAGCGACUCCAUCUGGCACAUGGUCCUCUUGACGUCGAGCUACCGCUACGAGAGCAUGCUCUGCCGCAUCCUGAGGAAGGAAUCCGAAGGCCGCGACCCGGAACUCCAGAAGAAAUCCGCCAUGGCCGUGAGAGCGGCGAUAUAUGAGCUCGAUGCCAUCAUCGGACGGGCCAUGGCGUAUGAUAUGCUUUCCAUGCUUCCAAUGUCAUGCAUCAGCAUUGGCCCAACUGUAUUAGCACUGCACCUCGAAAUCGUCCUCAGCCCAUCCGAAAGCGAAUCCGUAAAGUCUCGCUCCCGAAUCUACAUCCACCAAGCCAUCGUCUUUCUCCAACUGUGCCGCGAUCUCCCCUUUAUGAAAAUCGCCCUCGAUCUGGUCGACUGGGCGCUCACCAAGCAAAAUCUCCUCUCCAUCGAUAAGCUCAGCGCCCCUCCGCCUGUCCCGAGUCAUUUACAUCAACAAGAGCCGUUUGUGGAUCUGGACAAGGAAGCCAGUGGUGCAGUGGGAGAGAGCCAGGUUAAUGCGAACGUGUCUGUAUUUGAUGUAAUAGAGAGGCUGGAUGAGUUUCUGGAGCUUGGGGCAAUGGAUGAUACCCUGAUUUCGGAUCUAUGGCAAAACAUUUCUUAG